AUAUUUAUUAUUGUUUACAUUUUGGGUUUGAAAAACUUAAAUGCAAUGCUGCAAACACCCAUCGUUCAGCCCACUUUGCAUCAACCGCUGCACUCCAAGGUAUCUAAUUACCUAAAUAAUCAGCGCAGAACAGGGCAAUUUUGUGAUUUACAGCUGGAGCUGGACUCGGAUGAUGCGCCCUGCACAUGCAGCGUGCAUUUUUGCGUGGUUGCUGCCCAAAGUCAACUUAUUGGUCUCACUCAGCAGAAGCAACAGCAGUUUUCCAUACAGAAUCCACUAAAAGUCACCAUACGCAACUUUAACUGCACCGUGUGUCUGCACACAAUAGUGGACUUCUUCUAUGAGGACAUUGUUUCCGUUUCCAAGGAGCAUGAAACGCAUUUUCGGGAGUUGGCGAAAAUACUUUCUGUAACUGAGUUGCUGAACCUGUAUCAAAUAGAGCAAAGAAGUGAUGAGAAUGCGAGCUUGGAGUCAAGUGAAGUAAAAACUGGAGAUGUGGAGGAUACCAUGCAGCCAGCAAAAAAAGCGGACGUCAUCUUUGAGAAUCAACAAAGCUAUUUUAAGCUUAAGAAUCCACGUGCUGUUAAGUCGAACAGCAAAAUAAACUAUUGCAUUGGGUGUGACUUUAAAUGUUAUCAGGUGCAAAAGAUGAUUGAUCACAUGACUAGCUGCGAGCCGUCUCACCUCACCUGUUCGCUCUGCGAAGUUGGAUUUCUGGAUUGGCGGGAGUAUGAUUCACAUCUCCGCCGCCAUGGUUCUGACCUUCGUAAGCCGUUCUUUUGUCUCCAGUGCGAUAAUCGCUUCAGCACUCGAGCCGCGCUGCUCGUUCAUCACCCGAAACAUACGACCGAAACGCCGCAUGUUUGUUCGCACUGCGGCAAGGCCUUCAAGUGGAAGCAAGGUCUGAGCAAUCACAUGCUGGUGCAUAAUCCCGAAAAGCAAAUGCUCUGCGAUGUCUGCGGCUACAGCACGACACAUAUGAAGGCCUUAAAGAGUCAUAAGCUAUUGCACACGGGCGAGUUUUUUGUAUGUACAGUCGCCGGCUGCAAGCAUCGAGCGAAUCGCAAGGAGAAUAUGAAACUGCAUAUUGAGACGCACAAACAGGGCCGCGACUUCAUUUGUGAGAUUUGCGGCUGCAAGUUCAGUCAAAGCAAGAACCUAAAGCGACAUGCACUCAAGCAUACAGAGGGCGGUCUCAAUCGGUAUAAAUGUCAGCUCUGCGGCUUUAGCAGUCAUCGCUCAGACAAAAUGAAAGAGCACGUGCAGCGUGUCCAUACGGAGAGGGCGGUGCAGCUGGAACUGUCCGAAACAGUGGAUAGCUCAUUCGAAAAUAAGAUGCCAGAUGACUUUACAUUACCGCCCAUCGAUGCUAUGCUCGGAAGCAGUGUUACGGAGACUAAGGCAACGGGCUCACCACGUCGUAAAAUAGUAUCAGAUGUGACAACGCCAGCUGUGAAGCGCUUGAAGACGUUGCUGCCAAAGGAAGCUAUUAGUUAGGAAUAAUCUGAGGAAGUAGCAAAUACUUUGUUUUGAAAAUGGUUCGCAAAGACUUCUUAUACUCCUCGUCUAUUUCCAGGCUAUAUGUUUUUUAUAAUGCACUCCUAUUAGAGUAGUUAUUUUAUUUACAAACCACUUAUGUCCAAAACUAAUGGAAUAGGCAAGAUUGCUCAAACACUUCUGAGCUAAAUUGAUUCCUAUGUGAAAGUUCUAAUGGAAGAGCAGAGCAUACUGAUAUAACCAGAAUAUUUAGUCAAUGAUAUUACAAAUACGCGAACGCAUAAGGUAGACCAAAAGUACCCAGCAAUAUUAUUGCGCAGUGUAGAAAAGCUUUAUGAGAGCGACAAAUUGUAUGGAAAGAGAAUGAAGGCAGAGCAUUUCGGAUGUCGUUUAAAGCUUUCUUUAUACACUGCACAACGUAGCCACAAUCAUUGUGAUUGCAGAGCUCAAACCGCAGAGACGUUUGCCUAGAGUUAAAGCAAAGAAGAGUUUAACAAAUUCCAGAUUUUUUAUUAAAA